AUAGGCUGGAACUUGUCAGUGGAGACCAUUGACGCUUUCUUUGAAGGUCACGAAACACCUGGAUAUAAAUUUGACAUUGAUUCAGAGGGAAACGUAUUCAUAGUCGAGAUGGAAGGAGCAGAGCAUACAUCAGUCAUCGAACUGCUUAUAGAUUACUUUAAAAUUCCUAAUGGAGGUAUUAUUCUUAACGCACCGAUAAAAGUUGAGAUUAAUUCAGCCCACUAUCGUCCAUACGGAAGAGGACUUGGUCGCAGACCUUCCCGACAUCUUGAGAUUCCUCCUGUUGAUAGAGGGGGGAGACCUCAUGCACGUAUAAUGUGCGAAAUCGCUGUGUCACAAAGUUGUGAUGACUUGAAGGCGAAGUGUGAGCGUUGGAUGCGCCAAGAAUAUGCUCUCUGGUCACGCCAGGCAGUACCAACACACAGGCAAGUAGCAGUAGCUGGGCGACCCGGUGUAUUUGUAGAAGAGUGGGACUUUGGAACAAUAGACUAUCACAAUCAUCUUGCCACUGCUUGCAUUGGGCCAGGUCUUCCCAAUUACCAGAUAACUAUUCCAGUACGGGAUGUAUUCUGGAAUCCUCCAGUUGUCGGAGGAGUUCCGAAUACAGCUGGAUAUGUCCCCGUGGCUCCUGCUGGACUUGUUCCUAAUUUUAUUAUAGAUUUGUUUAAUAUCCAACAGACAGUCUUACAAAAUCAGGAUAAUAAUUAG